CCUAGAAUACUAGAUUGCUGUAUACCUGCUACUUGUUUACUGCAAACUCUUUUAAAUGCACCUCCUUCGUGGCGGCCAACGUGCAUAUGCUCGACUUGGACCACGGGGGGGAGGAGGGCUUGGGCGAUAUGAACACCUUGAACAACACCAGCUCAACGACUCGAGGGCCUGGUCAGUUCUUGGAGGGAACACAGAAGCCGUGUGCCCUUGGAGGCAACAGAAUGGCGCACCUCCACCAUUUGGAAAUCGUUCCCUUUCUUCAUUAACGUCGGCAGUUUCUUGUUCUCCUCUGCUGUUCGCUAUCGAGGACCUCAACCCUGAUAUGUCUUCGGGGCCGUCCAUGCGAGCGUUUAAGCGGGUCGUCUGUGUGCCUUUCCAACCUUCAGUAAAGGCUACUGGACGAGCCGGACUUGAGUACAAGGUUAAGCAAUUGCUGGCUGAACCGGCUUCCCGGUGCGGUCCUGCUGACGUACAAAGCCUUUUCGACCUACUCAGCCAAAACGGCUUCCAUGUGGUGACGAUGCAGCCCGCUGAGCCGCAAAGGCAUGCUCUUUUGGUCACUCGGUCGAACCGUGCUCCCUUUCUGGUUGUGACGUCAGAAGAGACUGGCGAGGUGGUGAUUAUUGACACGGCCCUGCGGGAGCACCUGGCUGUGGCGCCCUCAACCCCGGCCUACGAGCGCGCGCUUGAAGCCAACGUGCCUACGCUAUUCAUUGGCACGCACACGCGGCUGGCGCACCUGGUCAGCUCCAUGGCCGCAGCCAUCUCGCUCAACUUCACCAGCCAGGGCGUGGACGUGCCCCCCUGGCGCAGGUUGCCGGCACUGCUGUGCAGAUGGUCAGUAGUGGAGGAGCACGCGCGCAGGCUGCGACAAUCUGGGCAGCACGGGGGCCAGCGCCAGCAGCAUGAGGAGCAGCAGCUGGCGGCGCCCGCAGUAGUAAGCCCCGCCGGGCUGCAGGGGCCAGCGGCUGCUGCUGCGACGUUGCAGGCAGGGCUUAGUCUCAAUGCUGUAGGGUCAGCGGCGGCGGCGAGGCCAGCACCCGUCGAAUGCCGAAUCCAUGGGGGGCAGCGGUCGGCAGUGGCUGAUGGUGCACAGCCAGAGCUUCUAGGUGUGGAACAACAUGACGCUCCCCACCUCCCGAGAAGGGUUGUGCUGGGCUUUGUAGUUGGAGCGGGCGCAGAUAACCUGUCUCAGCUCAAAGCGCGCGAGGGGUGGAGCGCCAGCAAGCCGGGAGGCUUGGCCCUUAUGUGCCGUCAGUUGAGCAGCAGCACGGCAGCCGGAAGCACGGAGGGUGAUGAAGUGCUGACCACCUCACAUGAUACAUGACCUGUAGAUCUUGUAGAGGGCACAACAGGGCGCGACAAUCAGCGCAUGGCGCAUUGAGGAUCAGCGAGGAGUUUAGGCAGGCAGGUGCAGGGUGUGCACCAGUGUGGCGCACGUGGUGAUUGGCAAUUUCGUUUCCAAACAGUUCGUAAGCAGAAUUGAGGUUAGCCAACUUGCGCACUUGUUCACUGUUAUGAGCGCCGUGAGGGGUUUGACGUCACAGCAGCUCGGUGUUUUGUGUUUGGCCAAUAAUUCAGUGGCGGCUUUGUUCAUACCUCGUCCACUCGCCCGCAUUAGGAAUUGGCCCUAUUUUCUUGUCGACAAUUACUCAGUCUAGUACGUUUCUGUAUGUGGCCUAGUAUGGUGGAGCGGUAGAGUCAACUGCAUAGCAUUAGGACGGUACCGUACGUGUGGUUCCCGUCGUUUCCCGCCUGGCAGCAGAUGUUGGGUGACCAGGGAAGUACAUAUGUUGGCCAGCGUUCUUGACAUUCAAUGCCGGUACUCUCAAGUUUCUUUGACGCAUGAGGUUUAUAAAGAUCAAACCGUCACGUCUUCUUUUCUUAUUAGUGAUGCGCGCGUGAAGUGUUAUCACUGAUGUUUAAUCCGCUGCAGUGGUGGCCGGGGCUGGGUGCUUCUGCGCCAGGUAUUACUAUUUGCCUGGCUCGGAACACCCGCCCUGCAAUUUUGCCUUUAUUCAUCGCUAGAUGACUAACACUAAUUUGAGCAUGAUAAGGAUGUUUGUUUGCUGUUUCCCUUGCUUCCCAAGGUAUGAUAGGCAUUUUGUUGUGCAUACGGUAUCAACGUGGGGGUUGUAUGCCGCUCGCUCAGGUGAUACGUCUUAUGGCCACUGCGCUUGUCGUGAAGGGAGUGAAGAAGUGGAGUUGUAAACUGCCUUCAAGCAA